CCGCCACCAUAGGCUUCGUGGCUGGCUUGUCAAUUUGUCGUCACCUUUACGUUCAAGUUUGCCUUUUUGAACAUCACUCGUUUCCCAUUUCUAUUUCCAAUUCCAACUAUGAGAAUCUAAAACACACUUUAUUCCAAGCUUUGUCUUUUUUGUCUCUUAAUCAUCCAUCUCGAUACCCGCCUAUCCGAUUGUACUAAGUUAGCGAUAUUGCAUCUGCUCGCCGAUAACACGUUCACUCUUUUUUUCACUUUUUCGAUAAUAUUAUACAAACUCAACACCUACAACAACACGGUACACAUACACAAUGGCCGACGCUAUAUCUUCUUUCAUUCGGAGAGUAAUCGUCGAAUCUCCUCCCGGAGAAUGGGCUAUGCGCCAGCUUCGCGAUCUGCUCAUCGGCGCCCUUAAACAAGGACCCAUUCCCCAACAUGUAUCCUUUGAGAUGGACGGCAACCGACGAUAUGCUCGAAACCACAGAAUGGAGGCUCUGGAAGGCCACCACCGAGGAUUCGAGGCACUGGCAAGGAUUAUGGAAAUCUGCUACAAGUCUGGUGUCAAGGUAGUGACCGUGUACGCCUUUAGUAUCGAGAACUUCAACCGUCCUGCGAGGGAAGUCGAAGGUCUGAUGGAAUUGGCCAAAACUAAGCUGGAGCAAUUGACCAAAUACGGACACAUUCUCGACCGCUACGGUGCGCGAGUGCGCGUCUUGGGCCAGCGCGAGAUGAUUCGAGAAGAUGUACUCCAAGUUGUCGAUAAAGCUGUUGCAAGGACGAGACAUAACAACAAGGCUGUCCUCAACAUCUGUUUCCCCUACACAUCGCGGGCUGAGAUCACAACGGCGGUCAAGUCAACAGUUCAAGAGUUCCUCGCCCCCUCUCCUCCUCGAAGCACACCUUUCUCGCCGUCGCGAAUUCGACGCAAGAUCCUCUCCCGCCAACUGGACGACCGCGAGGGACUACCCAUGAUUCCCGAUACCGUGACCGAAGAGACCGAGCCCUCAUCUGGUGACGAUAUCAAGAAGGAUAGUGAUGGAGAUUCUUCAUCACCUACACUGCUCCCGGAUUCUCCCCCACCUCGCCAGCGGGCACGAAACAGCGCCGCCAGCCUUUCAGGGCUGCCGAAUCCCGAGACGAUCACAGCCGAAACUCUCGACAAGCAUAUGUACACGGCAAACGACCCACCCCUGGACAUCUUUGUGCGAACCAGCGGCGUGGAACGACUCAGCGACUUUAUGCUCUGGCAGUGCCACCAGGACACACAGAUCUUCUUCAUCGACACCCUGUGGCCCGACUUUGAUCUCAAGGACUUUAUCUGGAUCUUGCUCGAGUGGCAGUGGAGGCAGAAGCAGAAGGACCGCGACGACACCACGGUCCGACCUACUUCUGUUUCAGCGUGAUUUGAUUCUGGCGGCAGUGAUACCCUGGUCGAGUUAGAAAAUUGAGUCGAAUCUCUAGUUGUGGUGCGCAGUUUCAUUGUCCGAAAUGGGCUUGCUGGAAUUUGAGAAUUAUUUGGUGUUAUUUGUUUUAUACACUGCGGAGUGAUAGACUUCAAUACACCCACCCAUAAUGGUAUAUUUUAUUUUUGAAUUGC